UUCGAAUUUUACCCACCACAAGUUUUGUCCUACCAUAAUUGGGAUAAGGAGUCUAAUUUCCCUUGUACAAUUUUCCAAUUUCUUCCUCCGCCACACCAUAUAUAUACUGUACGCCACUUCGAACGCUACAAUGUUUGAAAAAAGACGCAGAUUUUACAAAGACGGAGAAGAUAAUAAGCUUCAAGUACUCCGAUCGUCAGGUGGCCUUUGGAAGCCAACAAACUGGCUAUGGCUCUUUCUCUUCACACUGUAUUUCUCUGCAAAGAGGAAGCCCUCAAUUUAUAUGCAAGAUCACCAUGUAAUGAAAGGUUUCACAGGAGUGGACAACCUCCUACCAACAUAAUCAUGAUGAAAAUUCGAUCCAACAAUGGAUAUUUUAAUUCUUUCCGGUUGUUUACAUCUUAUAAGACAAGUUCUUUCUCAGAUUCUAGCCAUUGCAAGGAUAAAUCUCAGAUAUGCAGCAUCGAUACAAGUUUUGAGGAAAUACAAAGAUUUGAUCUCAAAAGGGGCAUGACUUUGAUUCUUGAAAAGCAAUGGAGACAAUUCAUACAAUUGGCUAUCGUAUUGGUUUGCACAUUUGUUAUCGUUCCCAGAGUUGAUGCCGUUGAUGCUCUUAAAACUUGUGCUUGUUUACUCAAAGAAUGCAGGAUUGAGCUUGCAAAAUGUAUAGCAAACCCAUCUUGUGCGGCAAACGUUGCCUGUCUACAGACUUGCAACAAUCGUCCUGACGAGACCGAAUGUCAGAUAAAAUGUGGUGACUUGUUCGAAAACAGUGUGGUGGACCAAUUCAACGAGUGUGCGGUUUCCCGAAAGAAAUGUGUGCCCCGGAAAUCGGAUGUGGGUGAAUUCCCGGUUCCGGAUCGUAAUGCAGUGGUUCAAAAUUUUAACAUGAAAGACUUUAGUGGGAAGUGGUAUAUAACAAGUGGUUUAAAUCCUACAUUUGAUGCAUUUGAUUGUCAACUUCAUGAGUUUCAUAUGGAAAAUGAUAAACUUGUUGGGAACUUAACAUGGCGCAUAAAAACUUUGGAUGGUGGUUUCUUUACUCGAUCUGCUGUGCAAACAUUUGUUCAAGAUCCAGAUCUUCCUGGAGCACUUUAUAAUCAUGACAAUGAGUUUCUUCACUACCAAGAUGACUGGUACAUAUUAUCUUCCCAAAUCGAAAACAAACCCGAUGAUUACAUAUUCGUAUACUACCGAGGUCGAAACGACGCAUGGGAUGGAUACGGUGGGUCCGUGAUCUACACCCGAAGCCCGACACUCCCCGAAUCGAUCAUCCCAAACCUACAAAAAGCAGCCAAAUCCGUGGGUCGAGACUUUAACAAUUUCAUAACAACCGACAAUAGUUGUGGGCCUGAGCCUCCAUUGGUGGAAAGGCUUGAGAAAACAGCGGAAGAGGGCGAGAAGUUGUUGAUAAAAGAAGCUGUAGAGAUAGAAGAAGAGGUUGAAAAAGAGGUGGAGAAGGUUAGAGAUACUGAGAUGACUUUGUUUCAGAGGUUGCUUGAAGGGUUUAAGGAGUUGCAACAAGAUGAAGAGAAUUUUGUGAGGGAGUUGAGUAAAGAAGAGAAGGAAAUUCUGAAUGAACUUCAAAUGGAAGCGACUGAAGUUGAAAAGCUUUUUGGGCGCGCGUUACCGAUUAGGAAACUUAGAUAAAUUUCGAUGAUUGAUUCAGACAAUAUAUAUAGUCAUAUGGAUUAUGUAGAUACUAGAGAAAAACAAAAAAAACUUUUGUAUACGUGAUAAACGUGUUUGUGAUUUGUUUA